AUGACACUACACCUCCAGGACCACCGCCCCGGCGCCCCUGCAGCCCUGGUGCCUGGGUUCCUUCCUGCUGACACCCAGGCGGGUAAGGCUGAGGAAUGCUUGGGCAUGGAGCUAGAGGGGAGCAAUCAGGACUUCCGGAACCUCCAAGCUAAAUUCCAGGCCUCUCAGACAGAGCUUGGAAAAGCCUCAAAGCCUGAGUUCAACAAACCCCUGAAGAAGUUUCCACUGCCAGAGUUAAGUGAGCAGCCCAAGAAGUCCUCACCGUCUGACUUCAAUGCAGUACCCUUGAAGCCCCUGCAACUGCAGUGUGCGGACAAGAAGGCCCCGCAGCCCGAGGUUCUCAGAAAGUGGCCGCAGCCUGAAUCCACUGAUCUACCCAAGAAGCCCCUACAGGCUGAGCUCAGAGACCUCCCAAGGAAGCCUCCACAUUCGGAAUUCACUGGUCUCAAGAAGCCCUUGAAGGCUGAGUUUACAGAUCCCAAGAAGCCCCCACUGCCCCAGUUUGCCAGCCUCCCCAAGAAGCCCCCACAGCCCGAGCUCAAUAAUCUCCCUAAGAAGCUCCCCAAACCCGAGCUGAGAGAGCCAUCCAAGAGAUCUCCACAGCUUGAGGCACCCCAGGAGCCUAGCGUACCUGCCCAGAAGCUCCCGAAGCCUGAGCUCAGCAAUCCUGCCAGGCCCGCUGUGGAGCUCAAACCCAAGAAGUGCUGGCAGCCAGAGUCCAGUGAGGCCCCUCUGAAGCCUUUGCCAUCUGAGUCCAGUACCUUUCCCAAGAAGCCACUGCAGCCUCAGGGUGCUGGUUUCUCUAGGAGGUCCCUGACACACUCAGAGUCCAGCGAAGUUCCGCAGACAUUCCCCUCUAAGCCUGGGUCCAGUGAGGUUUACCCCCACUGCCCACAGCCUGACGUCAGUACCUUUCCCAAAAAGCCACUGCUAUCUGAGUUCAACGAGAACGUUAAGAAGCCCCCGUAUUCUCAGGCCAUUGGUUGCCCCAAGUCUCCACAGCAGCCCAAGUCCUCUGAGGUCCCCCAGACACCCCCCUGGAAGCCUGAGUCAUGUAACCCCCAAUCUCACUCCCCGCAGCCGGACCUCCAUGCAUUUCCCAAGAAAUAUCCCCAGCUCCAGCUAAGUGACCUUACCAGGACAUCCUCCGAGCCCGAAGUCUGCAAGGUUCCCAAGAAGCCUCAGCAGCCAGAGCUCAACGUACUGCCUAAGAAGCCCUCGAAACAAGCACAGGGUCAUCUCCCUAGAACAUCCUCAGAGCCUGAGUUCAGCUCACUCCCCAGGAAGUUUUUGCAACCUCAAAACGGCAAGUUCUUCCAGCCUGAGUUGCCCAAGGGUCUCCCUAGAAAGCCCAAGCUUCCUGGUUCAGUAUCCGAGUGCUCCCUGCCCUCUGCCAUUUCCGGCUCCAGUCUCCAGUUCCCCAUGAGCCCUGGGCUUGGAGUCCCUGGGACUCCCCGCUGGAGAUCAGAAGACUUCCAAAUCCGGCACCCACCCCGGCGACGGCCUCUACCCUCAGCCAGCAGCCUGGGGUCCCCCCCAGCCAAGCCCCCACUACCACCCGUCCCUAUCAAUAUCCAAAGCUUCCGGAGAGCCUCAGCAACAGCCACAGCUGUACUGAAGACAGGCUCUUCUACUGGAACCCACUUCCAAGCCCAACAACCUCAACACAUUACACAGAACCCAGAGGAGAUCUACGAGCUGUUCGAUGAAGUGGAGGCCACCGAUGACUCUAAUUUCAGUCCCAGAAGCCGAGAUGAAGUGCAGUCUACCCAGAAAGCCACCAGAUGGCCUCAGCAGGACCCAGAACUCAGGAAAAAGGCCACUCAGCCACAGCAGCUGCCAGCCGCAGACCCCAAGCUGUUGAAACAGAUCAGGAAGGCAGAGAAAGCUGAGAGAGAGUUUAGAAAGAAGUUCAAGUUUGAAGGUGAGAUCGUGAUUCACACAAAGAUGAUGAUUGACCCCAAUGCCAAGACCCGGCGUGGGGGUGGCAAGCACCUGGGCAUCCGCCGCGGAGAGAUCCUAGAGGUGAUCGAGUUCACUAGCAACGAUGAGAUGCUGUGCCGGGACCCCAAGGGCAAAUAUGGCUAUGUACCCAGAACCGCACUGCUGCCCUUGGAAACAGAAGUGUAUGAUGAUGUCGGCUUCUGGGAUCCUCUGGACACCCAACAGUUUCCUCAGGGACAGUAAGGCAGACAGGUGGGUUCCAGGACCAACGGCCCAGCAGCCACUGCUCACUCAGGGGCCCUGGAUCCCAGCCUGGCAAACAAAUCCCCAAGUGCAUGUGACCUUAUAAAACCCCUCUUUAAAACAGCCUUGUUUCUUGUCUUUUCUCAUCUUCCUGGUCUGGCACACAUAGUAGAACACAUACACAUACCAGGCACCAAAGAUGAAAAG